GAGCCAGGCCCAGGGGCUCAGGCCGCAUAUAGGCUCAGGUUCAGAGCCUGCUGGCUGUGGCUGGUGGGGGUGCCCGACACGUGUCUCAGCAUGGGUCUGGAGCUCUAUCUGGACCUGCUGUCAGCAUCCUGCCGCGCUGUCUACAUCUUUGCUAGGAAGAACAACAUCCCCUUUGACUUCCAGUUUGUGGAUCUGCUAAAAGGUCACCACCACAGCAAGGAAUACAUAAAGAUCAACCCCCUGAAGAAGGUACCCAGCCUCAAAGAUGGAAAAUUUGUCUUAUCUGAAAGCGUGGCCAUCCUUUUCUACCUGUGCCGCAAGUACAGCACACCCUCACACUGGUACCCACCAGACCUGCACACACGUGCCCGCGUGGAUGAGUUCAUGGCCUGGCAGCACACUGCCAUUCAGAUGCCCAUGAGCAGGAUCCUCUGGAUCAAGAUGCUGAUCCCAAUGAUCACUGGUGAGGAGGUUCCAGAUGAGAAGGUGGAGCAGAUGCUGGCAGAGGUGAAGAACAGCAUGCAGCUCUUUGAGGAGAAGUUUCUGCAGGACAAGAUGUUCAUUGCCGGGGACCACAUCUCACUGGCUGACGUGGUGGCCCUGGUGGAGAUGAUGCAGCCCAUGGGAGGCAACUAUGAUGUCUUCCUCAAUAGCUCCAAGAUUGCUGAGUGGCGCAUGAGGGUGGAGCUGGCCAUUGGCCCUAGCCUCUUUGGGGAGGCCCAUGACCGGCUGAUGAGGUUGGCCGAGUGGGACAGUUCAACAUUGGAUCCAAUGGUCAAGGAGAGGAUCUGUGAGUUGCUGCAGAAGUUCAAGUAG